UAUGUGCUGAACCAGAUAGACCCUUCCUGGUUCAACGAGGCAUGGCUCCAGGGCAUCUCAGACGACCCAGGUCCCAACCGGAGGUUGAAGGUGACAGGUCAACAAUCUGAAGACAAUCUUACAGAGCCUGGUGGAGUACUCCCAGGAUGUCCUGGGGCAUCCCAUUUUGGAGCAGCACCUUCCAGAUAGCACAUCCAGAGAAUCAUGACGCUAGAGGAAUCAGUUCAGCAUGUGGUGAUGGAAGCCAUCCAGGAGUCCCGCAGGUACUACUUCCUGAGUGAGGAGGCUGACGAGGGUGACGAGCUGCGGCAGCGCUGUCUGGACCUGGAGCGGCAGCUGGUACUCCUGUCAGAGGAGAAGCAGAGCCUGGUUCAGGAAAAUGAGGUGCUGAGGGAGCGGGUGGGCCGGUCCGAGGGUGAGGGUGCCACCGGCCUCACCUCCAAGAAGCUGCUACUGCUGCAGUCCCAGCUGGAGCAGCUGCAGGAAGAGAACUUCAGGCUGGAGAGCGGCAGGGAGGACGAGCGCGUGCGCUGUGCUGAACUGGAACGGGAGGUCGCCGAGCUGCAGCAGCGGAACCAGGAGCUGACCAGCCUGGCCCAGGAGGCACAGGCCCUGAAGGAUGAAAUGGAUGAACUUCGGCAGUCGUCAGAGCGCGCAGGGCAGCUGGAGGCCACGCUGAGCAGCUGCCGGCGCCGCCUGGGCGAGCUGCGGGAGCUGCGGCGGCAGGUGCGGCAGCUGGAGGAGCGCAACGCCGGCCACGCAGAGCGCACGCGGCAGCUGGAGGAAGAGCUGCGCCGGGCCGGCUCCCUGCGCGCCCAGCUAGAGGCGCAGCGGCGGCAGGUUCAGGAAUUGCAGGGCCAGCGGCAGGAGGAGGCCAUGAAGGCCGAGAAAUGGCUAUUCGAGUGCCGCAAUCUGGAAGAAAAGUAUGAGUUGGUGUCAAAGGAGAAGGAGCGGCUGCUGGCAGAACGGGACUCCCUGCGGGAGGCCAAUGAGGAGCUGCGCUGCGCCCAGUUGCAGCCUCGCGGGCUGACCCAAGCCGACCCUUCACUGGAUCCCACCUCACCGGCUGUGGAAAACUUAGCAGCCGAGAUCCUACCUGCGGAGCUCAGGGAGACGCUCCUACAGCUUCAGCUGGAGAACAAGCGCCUGUGCCAGCAGGAGGCGGCCGACCGGGAACGGCAGGAGGAGCUGCAGCGCCACCUGGAGGACGCCAACCGCGCGCGCCACGGCCUGGAGAUGCAGCACCGGCUGAACCAGCAGCAGCUGUCGGAGCUGCGGGCCCAGGUGGAGGACCUGCAGAAGGCCCUGCAGGAGCAGGGGGGCAAGACUGAAGAUUCAACCCUGCUGAAGAGGAAGCUGGAGGAGCAUCUGCAGAAGCUGCAUGAGGCAGAUCUGGAGCUGCAGCGGAAGCGCGAGUACAUCGAGGAGCUAGAGCCCCCUGCCGAUAGCAGCACAGCCCGGCGUAUCGAGGAGCUGCAGCACAACCUGCAGAAGAAGGACGCGGACUUGCGGGCCAUGGAGGAGCGGUACCGCCGCUACGUGGACAAGGCGCGCACAGUCAUACAGACCCUGGAACCCAAGCAGCGGCCACCUGGGGGGGCUCCUCCGGAACUCCACACCCUGAGGACACAGCUUCGAGAGCGGGAUGUCCGCAUCCGGCACCUGGAGCAGAUGGACUUUGAGAAGAGUCGAAGUCAGCGAGAGCAGGAAGAAAAGCUGCUCAUCAGUGCCUGGUAUAAUAUGCGCACUGAGGUGGGCACUCAUAUGUCCAAUUUGAGGAAAGAAGAAAGGCAAGGCACACUGAUAAAAACUCUCACGCAGUGGCGGGUAGGAAGUAGAGCUGGUGGUAAGGACCGACAGUUCAAAGAUGCUGGAAGAAUACCCUGCCCUCAGUGCAGUGCCUGGCCCACAGGAGGCGCUCCAAGCCUCUGUGCCAAACGUAAAGGCGGGACGCAGGCAGCUCGCUGGCAUGGCUACACCAAGGUGAACAUCAGGGGAACAUCCCAGACGAAGAACUCAACCUUGCUCCCCAUUCCUGAUCACAAGUCUCCAACAGGCACUCGACGAGCCAGAAAAUCCACCCGUGGGAAUGUUAAUGCCAUAUCUUCUCCCUGCUCAAACCCCUUCUGGCCCGUGUGUCCCUCACCCUCUGCUGAGGCCUGUGCCUCGCCUGUGUCUCAAUGAGAAAGCGAAGCCACUGGCUGCCUACACCCUCAUUUCCUCCCAGGAAACACCCCAGUCCCCCCACAUUCCUUCUAAGCCCCUGGUCCUGGCAGAGCCCAAGUCCUGGGUCUGUGCGCUGGAGUGAGCUCACACCUGCCUGAGGCCCGUCCUCAGCCGGCAUCCUCACUCCUUCCUGCAAUAUCACUUGUCCUUCCCAGUUGAAGCUUCCCCCCACCCCCUCGGCUGCACCGCGCAGCUUGUGGGAUCUUAAGUUCCCUGACCAGGGGUUGAACCUGGGCCCUUGGCAGUGACAGCCCAGGGUCCUAACCACUGGACCACCGAGGAAUUCCCUGAAGCAUGUGCAGCAGCAAACAAACAUGCUCUAGCAUCUCCUUCCUCAGAAAAGCCUUCCUUAACCCUCAUUCCCUUCUCCCUCCAGGGAUGGCCAUGCUCAUUUCUCUGCUCCCAUCAUGGUGAUCAUUGUGUCCACCUCAGCUCACCCAUUCCAGGCAGGCUUCUGCCCCCAUUCCCAGGGUGAUCUGCUUAAAACUCAUGUGCCUGCUAGAGCCGACAACCUUUCUGCCCUAGUCCCUUUGUCCUCCUGGAGCUUAGGAGCCCACACUCUCUGGCUUUCCUCCCACCUCACCUGUGGCUCCUUCUCGGCCUCUUUCAAUGGUUCUUCCUCCUCCUCUGCUGGACCCUAAAUGCUGAUGUGCCCCCGGGGUUGUUUCUGGGCCUCUCUAUUCUUUCACGUGCUCCUCCACUCACACAGCUUUAAAUACCACCCUUGGGACAAUGACUCUCAAAUCAAUGCCAACCUCCUCUGAGCUCUAGGUUCACAUAACUAAGCUGCUGUCCUGAUGUCUCCACUUGGAUGACCAGUGGGCACCUUGGUCUCACUGUGGCCAAAUAAAAUUCCUGACGUUUGGUCUUCUAAACCUGCUCCUCUCCCA